AUGCAAAGAUCCAAAGUGAGAGCCAUCGUUCUUGAAGAUUAUUUCAACAAAAUCGUUUAUCCAAUGAACUCUCAGAUUGUGGCCGGCAUUCAACCGCUCCAAAAUCUGGGAAACGUAAGUGUAAUAGCGAAGUUGUGCGGUAAUCCGGAGAUUGGUAAAGCAUAUGCAAAGAAGUCGAUUGAGGAUGGACUGCAAAAACUUGAGCAAAUUUUAGAAAAGACCAGCGGGAAAUACGCAUUCGGUGAUUCAAUAACAAUGGCAGAUGUGUGUAUAGUACCACAAGUUUACAACGCAAUACGUUUCGGUGUUAACAUGGAUGCGUAUCCAGUAAUCAAACGGAUCGAUGCAUCAUUACAAGACAUCGACGCAAUCAAAAAGAGUCAUCCAUCGCAACAACCGGAUGCAGUGAAUCAAUGA